CGCCUGUGGACGUGUACCACGACAAAGGGUCUAGCUGACGGCGGUUACCAUCUGGGCGCUUAUAUGCCUCUUAGCUGCUGCGCAAGGCUGCAACGCAACUCCUCACCCGCUCCCUCUCCUUCUCCUCAGACUUUGCAACAUGGCGAAUCGACUGCAGCCGAAGAAGCGCCUGAUCAUCUGUUGCGAUGGGACCUGGAAUAGUAGCGUCAGUACGGAUAGUCCGUUGACGAACGUGUCGCGCCUCUCGAGAUGUAUCGAAGAUGUAGCUCCGGAUGGAGUUGCGCAAAUCGUGUAUUACCACACUGGCAUUGGAUCUGGGACAUGGAAGCAUAUUAAUGCCGUCGAUGCUUCGAUAGGCAUAGGACUCGAGUUCAUAGUGCGGAACGUCUACUCCUUCAUAUGCCUAAACGUCGGCAACCCAGAGGACGAGAUUUAUCUCGUUGGCUUUUCACGCGGGGCGUACACCGUUCGUUGCAUCCUCGCUCUCGUCAAUGACAUUGGGCUCUUGACCAAGGAAGAUCUCGUCCAUUUGCACGCACUGUACGAGAACUGGACAAAUCUGAACGGCUCGUCGAAGACUGCCGAUGCCGGGCGCAAGGCCUGGUUCGAAUCCUUUUUGACGGUUCUGGAAAACCGCGAGCUCCUGCGACGACCGAUAAGCAUUGAAGCAUGUGCGGUCUGGGAUACCGUCGCAGCAAUUGGCCUUCCCUUACCCUUGCCGCUACCGAGUAUCACUCACAACGCAUUAGAGUUUGUGGAAGCAAGCAUUCCGCAUACUCUCAACAAUGUUUUUCACGCUCUGGCUUUGAAUGAGGAACGAAAGAACUUCAAACCUCUACUCUGGGUCAAUCCGCCGGAAAAAACCACGCUGAGACAGUGUUAGUUUCUUGGAGCCCACAGUGACGUGGGUGGAGGCAACAAGAACAUGACCUUUGCAAAUAUUUCCUUGAUAUGAAUGGUUGCUCAACUACGGGAACAUACGAAAUUGGGUAUUUCAGACCAAGGUCUAAAGAAGCUGUUGAGCCUUGAUUACUUGGACUUCCAUAAGAACUUCAACUUUGAACUUCAACGCGAUCCUAGACUUAUUGAUCUCAGAAGUCAUCCUUUGGAAGGAACGCAUGAUGCUUCGAUAGAGCACUCCUCACAGUGGUAUCGAGUGAGCAAGAUCGGAAC